AUUUACAGGUGUUUUCCCCAUCAUGUGAGGUGGAUAUCGGAUCGCGUCUGUAUUGAAGGUAUAUCCUACUUGUCUAACACCGGCACUGCGAGGCGUGAUAAUGAGCAGAAAAUCGAACGUCAAGCUGACAAUCAGUGUAGCGGGCGGAGGAGGUCCGAAUAGCAUCUAUCGUGAUCCAAGUUAUCUAGACUGGGUACCAAACAGCCCGAGCGAAUCCGACUCACCUUCGCCCUCUCCGAAAGGAGAGGUGAAAAAGUUCCUCAGAGUUGGAUUUAUGGAUAUGGAAGAAGGGAGUGACAGUAAUUACAACAGAACGAAGAGAGAUGUGGAAAUUGAUAUAAACCGAUUGUCGGGUAAAGGAACAAGGAGUAAAAGAUUUGUAGAACCCAGGAUGUCGUUAUUAGGGAAACCAUUAAAUUAUCGUCAGCACAGGAAAGAUGCACGGAUGCGAAGAUUGCAAGCGAAAAUAUAUAAUUUCUUGGAAAGACCAAAGCAGUGCUUAUCAGUCGUCUAUCAUAUACUUAUGUUUCUCGCCAUUCUAAGUUGUCUUAUACUAAGUGUUUUAGCUACCAUAGAGGAACUCAACGAAGAAUUCAUCACACGAACAGUUUUAUAUAUUGAACCAGUGAUGCUAGUUUGGUUUAUCACGGAGUUUGGGGUGCGGAUCUGGGCAGCAGGUUGUCGGUCCAGAUAUCAGGGGUGGAGUGGGCGUAUGCGGUUUAUAAGACGCCCUCUUUGUAUUGUAGACAUGGUUGUGAUUGCAUCUAGCGUAUUUGUGUUGGUCCUCGGAGCAGGAAACCCCGUAUUUGCUGCGUCUACUCUCAGAGGUUUACGAUUCUUCCAAAUUCUACGGAUGGUCCGAAUGGACAGACGUGGGGGGUCGUGGAAGUUGUUGGGGUCAGUCGUUUGGGCACAUAGACAGGAAUUACUGACAACAUUGUAUAUUGGACUCCUUGGACUGCUAUUGUUUUCGUUUUUGGUGUACCUGGCAGAAAAAGACGGCGAUAAACCUAAAUUCAGAAGUUACGCCGAUGCGUUAUGGUGGGGUGUUAUUACAUUGUGUACAGUUGGGUACGGGGACGUUGUUCCUACAACAUGGGCAGGGAAACUCAUCGCAGCCUUCUCUGCCAUUCUGGGGAUAUCAUUCUUUGCGCUUCCAGCUGGGAUACUGGGAUCUGGGUUUGCCCUUAAAGUCCAGCAGCAGCAACGUCAGAAGCACCUUAUCAGGCGCCGUGUUCCUGCAGCACAGCUCAUCCAAUGCCUUUGGCGCUGUUACGCCGCGGACGCCAACUCCAUGUCUGUGGCCACGUGGAAACCCCACAUGAUUCCAUGCCCAAGCCCUACGUCCGAACGUCCAUUAAAAACAAACGCUUCGUUUGUAAGUCGAUUUUCCACAAGACGAAGAGAUAGAACAUGUUCCUCUAGCAACAGUUCGGCUGUGUCCAAUAGUUCACAUUCCCCUCUUCUACCCCGAAAAGAUCACAGUAAAAGACCAAACGGACCAGAUAUAUCAGAAGACGGUAAUCUGGCGAUCAACAGCGAAAGUAGCAUGUCCGUAAUAGCAAUGUGUAUAAGGAGCCAUUUAAGUUUAGCUACAGGUAUAUCUGACCACAAAGUUGAUCAUCUACCAAUCAGGAAAGAGACUUCAUCUCCCUCACUUUCAUACAGGGACCCAUAUGACGCUCGACAUUUUUCAGACGAUUUUGACGUCUCGCCUAACAUGGUACAAUUAACGGAGACCCACAAGACUGUGAUAAGAUCGCUGAGAAAAAUAAAAUACUUUGUGGCCAGGAAAAAAUUCAAAGAAGCAUUGAGACCUUACGACGUCAAAGACGUUAUUGAACAAUAUUCUGCUGGUCACGUGGACAUGCUUGGGCGGAUAAAAAGUCUCCAGCAAAGGCUUGAUGUUAUCCUGGGAAAGGUUGGAAGUAAAAGAAAAGACGUUUAUGACUCCAAACAGAGUCUUGCAUCUAGGAUAGUGAAAGUUGAACGAUCGGUAGAAGAUAUCGAGUCAAAGUUGGAUUUACUGAUUGACUUGUACAAAGAGGACAGGAAGUCAUUGCUGCAACACUGUCAAGACUGUUACCAGCAGAAGAAUGUGUCAAAUGAAAAUAAUCAAACGGAAGUGACGUCAUGCCUAAAGAAUCCAAUCGUUCCAAAGCCAACUACUCCUCGUUCAAUUCUCUCAGAUAAACAUUGUAGUGAGCCUACCAGUCCUACAACAGCUCGAACUCCGGAUAAGACGAUGCAAAGAAAUUUAUCUGACCUUAGUCAACGAAUCAAAAAGCGUGUCACAUACAGACUCCUGUCUCUGAAUGACCAAUCGGAGACGAAAAUUUCAGACAAUCCAUCAGGUCCGAAACGUCAAAGAAGUGUUUCAGUAGACUGUACCGAUACAGUUCUCUGUGAUACCACAAACAUCGAGACAAACCAUGCAGAGGAGGCCCAGGAAUGUGAGGAUCGUGCGGCACAGGAUUUAUCAAUCAAAGACCCACUGUCCUUUAAAAAGAAAAGAUCACAAGCACGAAGUAAGAAAAACACGAAUCAAAACGAACAAGAGUGUCCUGACUCUUCAGAACCUGAAGUGCCGCAAAAGACUACUACUGUGUCGCCAGAUGAGGUGACACUUGAACUUCUGAACAUAAAUCACACAGUCUCAGACCGUGCUGAUUUACAGAACUUUCCAGGGUAUAAACCAAAGGCAUAGUACUCACUGACAUUGUAAUUUUGAUAUUGCAAAUUAUAUGUUGAAGCAGAUUAAGGUUUAUAUUUAAAUGCAAUAUGCCAGAAUGUGAAAGACAAUGAUUAAUUCAGACUGAAAUCAAAAUCAGGAUUUUAUAUAGUCUUAAAUUCCAUAUUUGAUAUUGUUCUGUUUAAGAAGUACGUAUUUGAUUUUACUUUAAUUAGUUCACAUUUUUCUAUUGCUAAUAUCAUUUAAUUUAUUUUAUUACUAUUUGUUUAUUCAUCAAUAAUAUUUAGUUUAAGCAUCGUGGAUUUUUUUCUAUUCCUCGUUACAGGUACCUCCGAUAUCUGAAGUUUGUACAUUAAUAUGCUAUUAUUCAGUACUUUGUAUAAAAUCAGUUCAGUCUCUCUCUCUCUCUCUCUCUCUCUCUCUCUCUCUCUCUCUCUCUCUCUCUCUCUCGUCCAUAGUCGACGUAAUCAGGUUGGUGGACUUUUGUAUGCAUGAAUAAUAUACCUUCAUUUACAUUAUACAGUUAUGGACUGGAUCUGAGGACAACAGUCAUUUUGUUUGACCCAAGAGCGGAUCUAUAGCCCGAAGCUGAAGACUGUGGGCAACAGAUCCGUUCGAGGGUUUAAAAAAAACCAACUGUUCCGAAACUUCAUUUGCUUCAUGUAAAUAAAUAUACUUUGAAAAUAAUGAUGCUGUGUCACCACCAUAUUACACGUUUACUUAUAGAAUAAAACGAUUUCUCUGGUUCAAAUAUUCACGAAAAUGUCGGGAUUUUGUGACACAACACUCUUUGUUGACAAUUGCUAAUCGUAAACUUUGUGGAAAAUGCAUUGGUCUCGCUCUCGAGACUUAGAACGAGUUAGAGUCUGGUACGAUUCCUAUUUUAAUUUUGUGACCAGUAGUGGCUACUACUUAUAAGGAUAUACGUUUUUUGUUCGUUACAAAGCAAACAGAGAUAGUUUAUUGUGUGUUGAACUAAAAUGUCGUUUAGCAUUGAUAAGUUGAAAAUUAAAUUUCGCCUUUGUAAAAAACUUUGACAGUUGCUUCGAACUUCAGUUCAUCAAUGUUUCUCUAUCAGCCAAUCGGAAACAAUACCGAUUUCUUGGCAAGCCUCGAUUUGAAAUCACAAAAAUAAAAUAGGAAUCGUACCAGACUCUCGCUCUAUCAAAGUCUCUAGAGCAAGAGUCUGGGGAAAGCGAGACCCCCAAAAAAAUGCAUGUAAUAGAUCACGUGACGUAUGAAGACAAUAAACAUAGGGCAAUUAGUCAACAUUUCAAUACUGGUCAACUGUUCAUGACUAUUGACCAGGGGCUGGUCAACAGACUUGGAAUUAAAGAAAUUUGGUUUGGUACAUUUUUAAGUUAACAGUCAAACUAAUAUAUAUUCAAUUUCUUUUCUAUAAUUUUAUAUGGGGAAAAAAUAAAGGUGUAUAACAAACUUAAUUAUUUUGCUUAUAAACCAAAGUAUUUUUGGUAUUGACCCCUCUAGCACUACUUGUAUCCCCGCAUAUUGAAUAAUGAUGACAAUUUGUGUUCUUAUUAGUCGGUAAGCAAUUUGUCAACAUGACAGUGAAAUUCAAGCAGUUACAGUUUGGGUUUAGUUUAGGUUACUUUGAGGGGUUUAUUUUUUUCUGUGUGUGUAACAAUUGAAUGGCUUGCAAAUUUAUAAUAGCACUUCUUUAUUUUAUGAAGCAGUUCUCCAGAUCCACUUAAUGUCGGAGCUGUAAAAUGAUCUUGCUACUGUGCACACUGUUCAUGUCCUUGUAUUACCUCGGUACUUCAAACUACUGCGUGAUAUUGUACAUUCCUGUAACUCUGUAUCAAAAGGAGCACAUUACGUUGUCAUUUUGAAAUCAUGAAACUCGAUUUAAGUGUAUUUUGUUCGUUUUAGAACAUAAGUAUAUUAUUCAACAAGUAAUUAAGCAUUUUACAAUAUUCCCUACAAGUUGUAUACCUAUAAGAAUUUUCUACGUUUGUAUUGUAAUUUUUAAAAGAACAGUUUCAAAAAUGCAUGAUUCCUUGUUAAUGUUUUAUUAUUGGUUGUAACAGAUUGCUAAAAAUGGUUAUACCAAAUAAACACGUUUUUGUUUUUAUAA